AUGGCUCCUCCAGGUGUCGGGUCGCCCUCCAGUGGAAACAAUAAGAGUCAUCGCAUGGUCAAAUCUCGCAAUACGUUCGCCGCUCCACCAUUAGCUUGCCGACCCAAACUCUUCUGCUGUCCUGUCGCCGAAAGGAAUCCGGCUCACUUGCCACGAUGCUUCGUCAAUCCAGGUCGUCAUUUGAUGAACAACCAAUUGCGAUCAUUCCUCGAAUGCGCCGAUGACGCCGAAUAUACUUUUCCGAAAUGUGAAGUAUCACACAUUGUCGAAGUGACCACCAGAGUGCUCCAUAAUGAUAUGUUCUCACCAUCUCACGGCCGUCUCAAACAACAACAAUGGAACAUUCCAACGAGUAUCCUUCCGGGCGAUCCGAUGACCACUACCACGCCACCACUGGACCACGAUGACGAUGAGGGCAAUGGAAUGGCUCUUGAUGAAGAAGUCUCGCAAUGUUCAAUGAUUCUAUACAGUACAUACCAGAGCAUGUCCACGAGAUACUUCAUUACACAAAACAGCAACAAUGUCUGGCAGGCUCCUCCACAUUCUCGACACUACCGUGAGACCCACCCAGAGCCGAACCAAAUCAAGACUGGAAUUGAAAGAUAUAUGGAAAUACCACCGUUCAAGACCAUGCCGUACACCUCGGAAAGUACUUCGGGAUCAUCCAACGGGGGAAUAGGUGGUGCUCGACCAUGGAUCCCGUCAUGCAGCAUUCUGUUGUGGUGCACCAAGCACAACAAUUUCUACGAGGUGCAUGUGCUGUCCUAA